AUGUCCGGCGCUGAUGAGGUCUCUGCGGUGGAAGGAGCCUCCGCCGUGUUACCGUGUACUUUCACCCACCCACCUCCUGAUGUCGCCCUGAACGGCUCCGUGAUCUGGAACAAGACCGAACCAGGUGCUACAAAACCGGUGUUUAAGUGCACAUAUCCCGGUUCCGGCCCCUCCGGGUGCGAUACAACGACACAGGAGGCUGGAGGAGGGCGGUUCGGAUUCGUGGGGAACCUCAGUCGGAGAGAUGCCUCGAUAAUGGUGGAGCCUCUGAACCGGAGUGACGGUGGUCGGUAUCGGUGCCGGGUGGAGCUCAAUGUUAACAGCUUUCAAACGGUGGUUCCAACAGAUCUGUCUGUGAGAGCUCCCAAUGAGAGUGUCUCUGUGAUGACUGGAACUGAGGGAGCUUCGGCCACGUUACCCUGUGUGUUCACACGGCCUCGGCAGAGCCUCACCGCACACACGGUGACGUGGAUGAGGAAGGAUCCCUACCGAAUCAUCGUCACAUUCAGGCACCAUGGAAAUGGAUCGUGGGUAGCGGAAAACGGAGUGACUCGGUACGAGCUCGUCGAGGACCUAGAGCUGGGAAGCGCCUGGAUCAGGAUAAAGCAGCUGAGAGUGGAGGACAGUCACAGCUACCUGUGUCUGGCUGAGUUCAGGAACAUGAAGCAUGAUUAUUCAUCCGACAGAGAGCACAUCACACCUCCAUUUAUACAUGUGUUCCAGAGUGAGAUCCGGUUGCAGGUCAGACCAGCUAACUCAAACUCAAACUCUCUCAUUUACGUGCUGGUCGUUCUGGUUCUCCUGCUCCCAGUCUGUGUCCUCCUGGCAGUCUCCUGGAAGAAGAAAGUUCACAUCUGGCUGAUGGGUUUCAUCAGAGGUACGAAAAGGAAUGUUCCACCUUCGACCCGAUCGGAGCAGGAACAGAAGCCGCCUCAGUCAGAGCAGUCAGAUUCCUUCACUUAUGCCAACAUUUCAACAGGACUUGGGAAGGCAAGAAAACCUCAAACUGAAGAUCAAGAGCAGCCAGAUUCCUGCACUUACGCCACUAUUUUGAUGAGAGGUGAGAAGGGAAGCAAACCACAAGCUGAAGAUCAAGGUGGGCAGAAGCAGGAAGCUGGACCUCCAGAGGUGAUCUAUGCGGCGGUGGUGAAGAAACAGUAAUAGCCAAGGAGGACUCAACCCGGGGGAGGAGGCUGCACCAUUCCCAUCCUCGGUCCAGGAGAGACAACACUCACUACUGACUCCUCCUGGCAUGUCUAUGCUUCUGGAAUACAGUUGUAACAUGCUGUAAGGUUUCACUGAUAAUGUAAUGGUUUCUCUGUAGCAGCAAUGUUUGGGUUAUGACUAGAGAUAACGGUUUGGAAUGCUGUUGUUCGUUCUUGUGACUCUGGAAGAGAGAUUUUUGCCUGGGAGAGAUGAGGAGAGAAGACGUGAAUGGAGAGAGUUGGUAGAUUGCCGGACGGGGUGGACUUGGAGCGAGGGUCCAAAGGACAUCGAUGAUCGGAGGAGGUCGAUGGUGGACAAUUGGCUUAUCAGUGAGCUCCAACAUUGCACAAUAGACUGUUUCAUAAGAUUGGGCCCUUUCCCUUUUUUGCUUUCUUUACUA